AUGGGAGAUUCAGUACAAUUAUCACUUCAAAAAUAUGUUGAAUUACGAUUGGCAGAAAGAGAAAAAGAGUUAAUUGAUCAUACUGUUUCUGUUUUGGAGAAGCAAGUUGUGUCGCAACAAAAGGCUAUUGAACAACUCACUUUACAAAUCGAAAAGGUAACUGAAGAACGUGAUGAACUUAAGAUAAAAGUAAUUUAUCUAGAAAAAGAAAUUAUUAUUUCUAAUGAACGGUUGAUGUUAUCUCAAAAAUACUCUCAAAAAGGUCAAAAAGUUGAAGAAGGGAUUUUUAAUACUAGUUCAAAGGAGAUAAAACGUAGACAAAAUUUUGAGGAACUAAUACCUAGAAAGAAAAGUACAUCAACAAGUAUCGCUUCAAUAAAUUUAAGUAAUAAGGAUUCAACAGAUCCUUUUUCGAUAAAAGAAGUUCAAAUUAAUAAAACACAAUCAAGAAAACAUUCUUUUAUCAAAAGUGAUAUUUUCAAUGACUAUAUUAAUUAUAUUUCAAAAGUCGAUUUAAAUACACACUUUAAUAUUUCAACAACUAGUGUUUGUAAAAAAAUCCCAAAAUAUUGUUUUCAAGUAGAAUAUCGUUUGCUUUGUGAAGUUUUUACUGAUUCAAUACUUAGAAAUUCUAAUGUUGUUUUGUUAAAAGGAUAUCCAAGUAUAGUUUCACAUAAAAUAUUUGAAAUGUAUUGUAUGAAGUCAAAUAUGCUUGAAUUAUUAAGAAUUAUAAAAGACCCUCAACAAAUUUCCCAAACUAGAGUAAUUAUUGGCAUGUUUAAUAAAUGCGUUUUAGCUCUAGAAGAAAUAAGAAAAUCAAGCGGAUUAUGUCAAAAUUACAGUAUCAUAAAAGAUAGAUACCCACACGUUCAAUUCAUUGCCCUUGGUCGUUACCAAUAA